AUGGGAUGCGGAGGCGAUCGCGAGAAGGGCAAUGUGCCCAUGGAGGAGAAAUGGGACUAUGUGAAUCUGAACGAUUUCAAGCCCGAGUCCUGCUGGACGCCUUUCUCAUACUUCUUCCUUUGGGUAUUCCUCAUCGUCUCGCUUGCUGUCUAUGGUGUCGACACCUUCACAGCCGUCAACUUGCUGGCCUUCUCUCGCUGGGCCGGCCGAGUCGAGCCCGCCAUUCCGUUCAAGAUCUCGCGUUGGAUCUUCGCCGUCUGCAUUCUUGUUUCAUUCGCUCUGCUGAUCUAUCGAUGGAUCCUCGCCAUCCGUGCAAUUCGCUCGGGCAGUAUCACCAAGAGCUAUCUCGACCCCCUCGCCGUCCGUGUGCAGAGUGUCCGCGUAUUCGGAUCCAAAGGUCAAGGCUGGAAACGAUUCCUGGUGUUUGCUGAACUGACCAAGAGUAAGAAAGGCGCCGAGUAUGUUGCGCUAUAUACCUACUUCUCUUUUCAGUUCUGGAUGAACACAGUUUUCGCGGACGGGCCUCGACAAGUUAUCAACGCCAUCACCUUGUGGUCGGUCAUGAAAGCCGAUCUCGUUCCGGGCGGAGAAAAUGCAAACAAAGACGAUGGUUCCUCGCCAAUUCUUCAAUUUUUUAACAACGUGAAGAUCCUCGCCGAAGACAACAAUCUUCAGGCAGUGGUCUUGUUUGGUAUGCUUUUCACAUUGAUCAUCUGGGUCCUGUCGGUGUUGAAGUUGAUCUCUGCCAUGGUGCUGUACCUGGUCUUCCUGUUCCACCAUAUCCCGCAGGAAGAUGGAACCCUUCGAGCCUACUGUCGACGCAAAAUUAGCAACCGACUGAAGCGUAUUGUCCGACGCAAGGUUGACAAGGCCCUGGCCAAGGGCUUCCAGCUACAGAAUCGCACGGCGACGCAACCUAGCCUGGCGAGCGCCGAUUCGAAGCCAACCCUGCCCGAUAUGGACAAGGACCCGAUUGUGACGACUCUGUCUCGCAGCACCACCGAGACUACGAUGACCACUCUUCCCCCGUAUACGCGGUCGAACUCCACUGCCACUGAGAGGAAGCCGACAUUACCCAAUCUCGGUAUCGAUGUGAAGCCAUCGUUGACUCGAACGACCACUCAGUCUUCCGGCAUUUCGGAUUCCACUUCUUUCACAGCGAAUGCGGCCGACAUGGGAUACAGUCCUUUGGACCGUGGAAACUCCCCACUGCCCCCUGUUCCACCUCUGCCUGCGACCAUUAUUCCAGCCAGGACUGGCUCCACACAAUCGCAACCAACACCCCGUGGUCCACCCUUGAACACUAGUUUCAACCGCAAUGGCCCAACUCCUCCACGACGCAACUUGACGGAUUCGGCUACACAGCUAUAUGCAACCACUACACCUACAUCAGCCGCACCGACUGACUAUUUUGGUCGCUCCCAUGCGCCCGCUCAUGAUUACUACGGCGGAAAUGAGUCCGCCUAUGGCAACUAUGGCCAAGAUGAGGAUUAUGAUUACUAUGGCGGAUCAUCUACCCCAUAUAGCCAGAGGGCUCCUCCCCGCUCGCAGGGAUAUGUGCCUCAGGACCCAUACAGGUCUUAUACCCCCGCAAGCACUGGUGCUACACCCCAUCCUCAAGGCGGUGUUCGUGAUCCGUACCAAGCCAGAUCAUACACGCCUGGGAGCACCGUUGCCACACCCACUUCACGAACGGGUGACCAGGACCUUUACCAGGGCAGAUCAUACACACCGGCCACGUAUCACGGUACACCCGCUCCACAAAACAGCCAAAGCGCCGUGCGACCUCCUCCACAGACUUAUGCUCCCAUAAGUCCCGGCAAUUCUACCCAAAGCAGUGGCUACACCGCCUUCAACCGCGCUGGGUCUGCUCCAACUCCAGCACCACAAACUCAGCCUCAGGGGCAGCCAGCACCUGUUCCCACGGGCUAUCGGCCUUUCACCCGCGCCAAUACCGCCUCACCAUCGAUGAAUCGCGAUGGUCCGCCGGCGGGUUAUUCUUUCAACCGCGCCAAUACUGAUCAGUUUUAA